UUCCGGGAUGUUGGACCGCCCACAGGAUCGAGGACAAAAACAAUCGGCAUCCCUCUGACAGUGCUGCGCAAACAAGGAGAUCCAAGCGAAUAAAAAAGCGGUUUAGAUAUAUUUAAACUGUUUUUGUCUUUCAAUCGACACGACGGCUUCAGGGGAGAAAUGGUGUCUCCGGUAACAGUGGUGAAGAGCGAAGGUCCCAAACUGGUGCCGUUCUUCAAGGCAACCUGUGUUUACUUCGUCCUGUGGCUGCCCACCUCGAGCCCUUCCUGGUUCAGUGCCCUCAUUAAAUGUCUGCCCAUCUUCUGCCUGUGGGUGUUUCUGCUGGCUCACGGAUUCAGCUUCCUCGGUGCUCACUCCAGCGCCCGCAAGAUUCUGGCUGGUCUCAUCUUUUCAGCUCUGGGUGAUGCCUUUCUCAUCUGGCAGGAGCAGGGAUACUUCGUCCAUGGUCUUCUCAUGUUCGCCAUCACACACAUCCUUUAUUCAUCCGCCUUUGGGAUGAAGCCAAUAAACGUGCGCGCUGGCCUGGUGAUCACUGCGGUGUCCGCCCUGUGCUACCUCCUGCUGUACCCCUACCUGUCCGGACCCUUCACCUACCUGGUGGCCGUCUACAUCGCUCUGAUUGGCUUCAUGGGUUGGAGGGCCAUCGCGGGCCUGCAGCUCACCAACGACCUCUGGACCUGGACCAAGCUGUCGGCCUGCCUGGGCGCCGUGCUCUUCAUGGUCUCCGACCUCACCAUCGCCGUCAACAAGUUCUGCUUCCCCGUGCCCCACUCCCGAGCCAUCAUCAUGGCCACCUACUACGCCGCCCAGAUGCUCAUAGCUCUGUCCGCCGUCGAGUGCCAGGACGCUGAGGUUUCCCGGAAGAGGACGUGAGGUGACGCGGUCUCCAGGAAACACGAGGCUGGGGAGAUGGCUCCACCUCCGGCCUUGAGUGAUCAUGGACGCACCUCACUGCCAGAUCUCAAACCCCCAGCCUUCAUUGUGGUGUGGCGCUCCCACACAAUUGUUAUCAUGGCAACUGAUCCACUACACGACGAUCUCCCUGCAAUCCCACUAGUACGGUAGUCUCAUAUGUAUCUCUUUAUGAAGAAGAUACCGUAGUAUUACUCUAGCCUCUCUGGAGUGCAAUCAAACCUUAAAAAAAUGCUGUGUCUCACCCAAGUUAUUAAGAAGGCAAGUGUAGAAUUAAUAUCCUUCUAUAGAACGCAUUAAUUUACUUGCAGCUAGGUUGAUUCAAGGGGAGCAAGUUCCUGGGCACCUUCAAGUAGUGUGUAUGAGAGAGCGGUUUUCUGCGAGUGUGUGUUUGCAGUUUUGUGAUUGAUUUACACUGUUACCUCACUGUCCAUACAGUGCUUUUGACGCACAGUCUCCGUACAGAUACAACGCCACACAUUUGUACUUUGAGUGGUCCAUUAAGACAAUUUACCGGUGCAUUUCUUGUUUUUGCUUUAGUUAUGCAAAUUCUUCCAAAAGGGAUAUUUUUUAUACAAAUCAUUGCCCUUAUCUGAGGCUCUAGGUUCCCCUUCACUAAGGGUGCUAAUCUUGGAGCUAAGGGCAUGUACAUACUUAUUUAAUUAAUCAUCUGCAGUCCCUUUCAUUUCAUUCGUAACAACCUCUCUUCUUUUUUGUUAAAUAUGCUCUUUGCACUCCGACUGAGUCUGCUUAAAUGAAUAGAAUAUUUUUUUUCUUCCUUUAAGACCCCAUCGAAUAACUAGAUAAAAAAAAGAUGACUAGUAGAUGUUGUUUUUCGAAGCUUGAUCCUUCAGUUUUAGGAUCUAAUUGGUCCUGCAGGUGCAACAUGUUUCACCGUACAUGCAUCACCUGUCGAGGUUGCACCUUCAACAGCGCCCACACCUGACACUAACACAUCGUGCUGGUUUAGUUAUUAGGGAGGUUCCUUGGGGGUCUUGUUGUCUGACUCAAUCAGCUGACCCGUGCUGCUAAUGGCCGUGUUAUGAAAACAGAAAAAGAAAGGGCUUUGUCGCCGGCCGGACUCAUUUCGUUGAUAAACUCUGCCGGCAGAGUCUGCAACCAUGAAGGCAUUCACUCACUCGGAACGACACGCACACACAGAUUUACGCAACGCGGUAAACAAAAAAAGAGCGGGUCGGCUUGGCAGACACAGGGAGACAAGAGAAAGCGUCUUGUCGUGCGAGGGAACAGUUAUCCCAUUAUUCCAGACUCUUCCUUAGCACAGGAAAUCUCUGAAAAAUCCUCGACGAGACUAAUUGUAGUUUUUCUUCCCCUUCAUCCCCACUGUUGUUUCUUUUAAGUUAUCUUAUUUUGAAGUGUCUUACUGAACCAACUCUACAUUUUUGCACGCCUUUUAGAGUGUAAGUGUUUUCGUCUUAACUGUUGUGAGGAAGUCAGACCCAGCUCAAAUACUGCGACCCGACAGAUGAAGCAGACACACUGGGUAUGUUCAAGUAUUCGUAUAAAGACUCCUAACUCUUUUUUUUUUUACUCACUCCUCUUUCUAACUGCAGCUGUAUUAUAUAAGUCACUGAAACUGUCGGUUUUAAUUACUUUUGGCUGAACAGAUCCAAACUCUGAACUUUACUGUUUCUGUUGCUGGACGUGCUUUGCUUUACCAGGCAGCGCCUUGGUAUUACUAUCUUGAAAUUUUCCACAUUUGCGAUCACGAGUCUUGGAUAGAUUUUGUGUGACAAAGAAGGACAUAUCUAUGUCAUAAAAGUCUUCUGGUGUAUUUCUCUACCAGCUUUCUCUCCCAACGUCUAUUUGUCUUACAACUGAUGUAAGAUGUUUUCUUCCAGAAUUAUCUUGAAUUUAACUCCAUCCAUCACCCCGUCCAUCAGCAAUUUAAUUUAAGUUAAUUUCCUUGAGAAACAAACAAAGUAUUUUUGAUUUAACCGAAUUUCAUCUUUUGGGAUCUUAACCAAUAGUUGCCCUGUCAGCAGAUUCUCUCACCUGGGCUGUUAGCAUUUCAGAAGUCCUGAAAAGAAGUUUUGACUGAACUAAUGAGGGAUCACAUUUUGUCCUGUAGGAAUAUGCUUUAGGAACUGAUAGGAUUACAAAGGCUGACAUGGAAUAACCUGUGUGUUGAAUGUUUGCACUAUAAACUGGCAUGGAAAAUGAUUGCUCCUCGUUCUGGGUCAAUGACCCACAGAGCUGCCAGCAUCGCCAAAAACACACACACACACAUCAAAAUGCGUUUACAUCACAUGAGCCACCUUGACAAGAUCUGCAGAAAGACCACGGUGUCAUGCCUGACCAAGGAAAACACCAGUUCCCAGCAGCCUUUUUUGAUCACUUCUUUAUCAGACAGUUCCUCAAUCUCCUUUCGCCGUGUCAGUGCGUUCGUCAGCACUAUCUUUCUGCUUUGUCCACCGAUCUCUUUCCCUGCUCUGCACAUAUAUGAGCGCCAGUCUUGUGUUCCUUGUUUUAAUUAAUCCUCCCGGCAUUGCAGAGUUCUUGCACAGAGUUUUCCACUCUGAUAAAAAUAAACCUUUGCGCUUAGAAGCUAUCAGAGGUCUACUAGAAGACGUGCAUUAGUCUGCCUGCUGCGUCCUAAGAAGACGGAGUAAGUGGAGUGAAUAAAGAAGUGAAGUAGAGAAGAUGGAUAACACGGAUGAUUCUAGCAUACAGUCUCGAGUUGAACCAAGAGGGGGCUGGUAAUAUUAAGCCAGGCAGGCUUAUUUAUCCUCAGUGUGUGGGCAAUUUAUGUAAGCAGUGCUCCUUUAUACGGAGCCAGAAAAAGCUGUCUGACUUUUGUUCCUUCUUCUGGAAUGGUCCCACGCCAGAGGCACGAUUCACUGAAGUAUUGCUAAAAUAUUCUUGAGGAAGCUUAUGUCUUUUGAGACAAGUAUUUUUUAGAGAGUGGUGUAUGGUCAUGUUUAAGUUGUCUUUUUUUAAAAAUAUUUUCCAUUGAUUAAUCAAAUGCGUUGCAAAAGUAUUAGAACCUCUUGAACCUUUUGACAUUUGUCUUAACAGCCAUAAAUCUCAGUAUGUUUUGAUGGGAUUUUUAAGGUGUUUGACAGACAGGAAGCUGUGCUGUUGUGAUUUAGUUGAAAAAGGAAACAGGAUUUUAUGACAUGCUUACAAAUAAUCGGAAAAUUGUGCCGUCAGCAUCUAUUCAGCCCCCAUCGAGUCAAUAUUUUGCUGCAGGUUAUUUGGGCGGGUAUGUAUGAAGAAAGAAUUAACCUCCUACAGGGCCUCCAAUUUGCCCCGAAGAUUUUCAUUUUCUUCCCAUAUAUCUUCCUGUCCAUUCAGAUUCUCUGCAGCAAACCAUCCCCACAGCAUAAUGCUGCCACCACCAUGUUUCAUGGUGGGUCCAGAGUGUUAGCAUUUUUCUCACUGAGCUGUGGAUCUCUGCAGCUCAUCCAGAGGUAUCACAGACCUCUGGAAUGAAGAAAAUCAUUCUAGUUAAUUCUUUCCUUGCUCUUGGCUGCCACAUUUUGCAAGUUUGGAGAUACUCAUUUGUAUUGCCUUGUUGCUGAAAAUGUGCUAUAUAAAUAAAAUUACCUUUACCUUUACUCAUUUAACUUAAAGCCUGCUUUAGAUUUCUCCACAUCUUUAUCCCUGACCUGUCCAGUCUGUUUCUUGAUCGUCUAGAUCUUCACUAAUGUUUUCUGACAGACUUGUCUCUGAGACCUUCAGAUGCAAGAUCACUUUUCUAACAACAUGACCUUUGAAGGCAGCUAAUUGGAAUGGAUUUUAUAUUAGGGCGAAAGGGGCCAAAUGCGUAUGCUUACCACACUUUUCAUAUUUUUUUUGUGGGAUCAAAAUUUAGAAAACCAUUUAUGAUUCACCUUCACAGAAUCAUAACUCACUUUGUUUUGAUCUAUAACAUAUAAUCUGAAUAAAAUACUCUGGUUUCUUGUUGCAACAUGAAACGUAAUUUUUUUUUUUAUCAAGAUAAUAAAUCUUCUGCAAGGCAACUGUUUAUUUGAUUGAGGCAGACAUAACAAGAAACUGUUUAUAGUACUGGGUCUAACGUUUCAAACACCCUUUUGUCUCCGGCUCAGCGUUGCAUAUGGCCGUCCUUCGCCCUGGGGAUGUUAUUGCUGAGCGGCAUUUCACUUGGAAUAAGGUGAGCCGCUGAAAUAUGACACACAGCGGGAAGAGUCUCCCCCCAUCCAUCAGGUUAGCUCCCAUCCUGUUGCCCCACAGGUGGCAGACCAGCAGGCGCAUCACUUUACCCGGCUCUGUCAACAACGCUGUUGUUCUGAGCUUUUCAUGCACAGACAAAAGGAGACCUGGGAGAGUCGGAACGCUCUUGGCCUGAGUUAAGCUGGAACCAAUUGCUGUUGUAUUAUAAAAAAAAAAUGUGUGUGUUUUGAAAAAUGCUAUCCCUCUGAGUUUCUAUUUUUCGUUCGUCUGUGUUUUUAACUAAUUUUCUUGUAGUUUUUACUUUGAAACAUUUGCUGUUAAUACACUGUGCUCAUGACCAUCGGCAGGUGACAGUCAAUACAAUGAGCUGGAACGUUUUUUUUGUCUUUGCUCCUGCAUGACAGAUUGAAUAUAUUCUCCAUGGGAUUGAAGCACUAAACACCCAGAGGUUUUCUGAUGAUGAUAGUUCUCCAGCAUCAGUACAAGUUUAUGAGAAGUAUGUAAAUUGCCACCUUCUCUUUGUAUUCAAGCUGCUGUGUGCUGCACUUUUUUGUAUCCAGGUUAAGGCCAGUCAGUCUUUAAAACAUGAUCUUAAAACAGACUUUUUUUUGUACAUUAUCAAUUGAAAGUAUAGUCUACAUUUUUUUUCUUUUGCUGGAAAGCAACAAAAAAAAGAAAAGUAAUUUUAAAAGAAGAUUCCUUUCCUUUGAAGUGUUAUCAACCCUGAUGUGUGCAACUUUCUUUAAAGUAUUAUCCUUUCAGUUCCAGGAAGUGAGAACCUGAAAUAUACAUUUUGCCAUUUGUUUUUGUGUAAAACAAUGUUCAUUUCCACAAACACACAAAAAUAGUUGUUAAAGCCAAUAAACAUGCAUCAUUUCUUACAGUUUACUUAUUGUCCUGGAUUUUCACUUUGAGAUUGAUUUUUUUUUUCCCCUUCAUGACUGUGGAUAUAAUAUAAUUUGUUUGCUGUUGUGAAACUCUGCAAUGAAUGUGAAUAUCUGUUGGAGAAAUAAAUGCAAUUGCAAUGCAACUUCA